AUGCGCUCCCAAGACCCGGCCGGCAGGGCCGUGUCACCAGGGGAAAGUAGUGGCAUCCCCCCUCGUUCUGGGGGGAGCAGUAAUCAUCGACCCGCGAGUGUUGUCUCCUCGCGAAUGACCGACAUUGCGAGCGAUGACGGGGGCGAGGCAAGGGCCAAAAAUGCCGAUCCAUCUCGACCAGAAACCGCCAGGACCGGCACUUCAUCCAAGGCUACCUGGGCAGGAGCAGCUACGCGGAAGGGUCUGGCACCUGGCCUUCAACCAAAGAGAGGAAGUGUUGCAAGCACAAUUGCUUCGGCACGGGCACCUAGUUUGACCACGCGGAGUCAUGUACCUUCACUGACCUCUGGCGCCUUCUUUCGCCCCAUGAGUUCCCAGAAGCUACAAGCACAGCGGGGAGCUGGCGCCAGACCGGUCCCGAUGAACCAGCAAUUACACCCGCCGCCUGCGAAUCUCGACGACAAUGAAACCGACAUGGGCGGUAGCCUCAUCGACGGAGCGAGUGGCGGCGGAAAUACCCAGAACAUUGCUCAGCUACAGCACAGAAUCAGCGCAGGACAGAGUGUGCGCCCCCCGCCGUCACGAGGCACCGAAAUGACCGACCAGGAGGCGUUUGAUCGUUUUAUUGCCAAUGCGAGCCCGACCACGGGACAUUAUCACACGGCUAGCAUGUCUGACAGUGUUCAACCCCUCCAGGGACCAUCCGACCGGAAUAGGGCAUUGAGUGUUGAUGUGGACAAAAGUUAUAGGGAUCUCGCAAACCUCCCCAGCCCGGUUAGGUCGACGAGAACGUUCCGCUCAAGUUUUCUUUUGCCGGGAAAGAUGGAGCAGGCACAAUCCGGUCGGCAUAGGGAUACCGCGGGUGCCGAGAAGCUCUCCUCAACGGCUUCAUCGCCACGAUUCCCCAGGGCAGAAUCGCACUCAGGACCUCGGCCCCUAACAACCGACUCGCAAGGAAAGAGUCGGGGUCGUGUCCAUCAGUACUUUGAUGGCAAUACGGUCUUUUGCUUUGGCGGUAGAUGGCAGAACACUAGGCACACGCCUAUCAAUAUUGCAACGGGCGCAUUUGUCCUUAUUCCGUGUGCUUUAUUUUACGGCUUCGAAGCACCCUGGCUGUGGCACAACAUCUCGCCUGCUAUUCCCAUCACGUUUGCGUAUCUGACCUAUAUCUGCCUUUCUUCCUUCAUUCAUGCUUCCGUUUCAGACCCCGGCAUUUUACCCCGAAACCUUCAUCAAUUCCCCCCAGUUGCCGACCAGGAUGACCCUCUUAGACUGGGACCGCCAACCAACGAUUGGACUUUGGUGAAGUCGGCUGAAUCCUCGGCCGCUGCUAUGGAAGUUCCAGUAAAGCACUGUCGGACUUGCAAUAUUUGGCGGCCACCUCGGGCUCACCACUGCCGACUAUGCGAUAAUUGUGUCGAGACGCACGACCACCACUGCGUGUGGCUGAACAACUGCGUUGGCAAACGCAACUACCGCUACUUUUUUACAUUUGUCACAUCGGCCACGAUUUUGGCCGCGUACUUGAUCGGCACCAGCUUGACACAAAUUCUCAUACAUAUGAAGCGCGAGAAAAUUUCGUUUGGCGAUUCCAUCGACCAUUUCCGGGUCGCAUUUGCUCUGGCCAUCAUUGGAGUUCUCUCGAUUGUGUACCCCGGGGGAUUGAUGGGCUACCACUUGUUCCUCAUGGCUCGUGGGGAGACGACGCGAGAAUACAUUAAUUCGCACAAGUUUGCAAAGAAGGAACGAUAUAGAGCUUAUAGCCAGGGCAACUGGCUAAAGAACAUGAUUGCUGUUCUCUGCCGUCCUCGAUCACCUGGAUACUAUCGCUUCAAGGGCAAGUAUCGACCUGGGGAUCAGCGCCUUGGGCAACAUUACAGCCUGCGGACGCGGAAGAACUCACAAGGCCUCGAGCUGGCCGAAGUGCCACCGGGCUCCCGAGGGUUUCAGGGACCGGUGACACUACGCGGAGAAAGUCGAGAAUAA